AAGGCCCCAAGGUGUGUCCCUUGGCUUGCUCCUGGUGGCACUGGUCUCACUGUUACCGUGUCAGCUACUCCAUCUUCCUCUUCCCCCUAUGAGGUUUGGCUGAGCCAGGCUUCUUCUCGGCUGCUGCAGUACCUCGCGCUGUAUCUCACCUGGCCAGCAGGUGGGCCGUAUCACAGCGCAACUGUCUGGCGAGCUCCCAGUGCCUAUAGCCAGAGCGCCAGGGGCACGCCUCCAAGGCUCCCUCUUUCCUGCAGGAUGAAGAACUCGAUGCUGGAAGUGGUGUCCCUACUCCUAGAGAAGCUGCUCCUCAUCUCCAACUUCAAGUUCUUCAGUUCGGGCGACCCGGGCGAAGACAAAGGGAGGAACAGUUUCUAUGAGGCCAGCUCUUUCCUGCGAGGUGACGUGCUGGAGGUGCCCCGGACACACCUGACCCAUUAUGGCAUCUACCUGGGUGACAAUCGUGUCGCCCACCUGAUGCCUGACAUCCUUUUGGCUCUGACCGACGACAAGGGACGCACUCAGAAAGUGGUCUCCAACAAACGUCUCAUCCUGGGCGUCAUUGUCAAAGUGGCUAGCAUUCGCGUGGACACAGUGGAGGACUUCGCCUACGGAGCCAACAUCCUGGUCAAUCACCUGGACGAGUCCCUGAAGAAGAAGGCCCUGCUCAACGAAGAAGUGGCACGGAGGGCUGAGAAGCUGCUGGGCAUAACUUCCUACAGCCUGUUGUGGAACAACUGCGAGCACUUCGUGACAUACUGCAGAUACGGCACCCCGAUUAGCCCCCAGGCCGACAAGUUUUGUGAGCAUGUGAAGAUAAUUAUUCGUGAUCAGAGAAGUGUUCUUGCUUCAGCAGUCUUGGGACUAGCGUCUAUAGUCUGUAUGGGCUUGGCGUCAUAUACAACACUUCCAGCAAUUUUUAUUCCGUUCUGCUUAUGGAUGGCUGGCUAACUUCAUAUGCCUGCAUCAGUGUGUGUAGCCUAUGUGUAAAUAUGUUUAUAUUAUAGAGCACCAAUCAGUAUGAAGCAUUGCUAAGAAAAAUGUGACCUGUAAGAUUGUGUUCUGGAUAAAAGAUGUGAUUAAGAAUCACGCAAAAUGCUUACUGUGUAAGCCCAAGAACAAAGGCUUUCUGAAUCUUCUCAGGCAGUUCUGUUUUAAAGUACCAUCCAAAACUUGGAAAUAGGACAGCUCGUGACAGAAUUCAGCAAUACAAGAAAACCAGCCCCGAAUUUGAUGGCUACAGGAGAUUGUGGGGAUUUUGUUUUUGUUUUGUUUUCUCUCCUGUAAUCACUGGUGUUCUGCUAGGCUGAAUUUGAUCGGAAGAUUUAUUGAAUGAUACCCUUAACUCUAUUGGAGAUUUAUUCUGUUUUGUUGCAAAACAAAUAUUAAACUGAAAGAAUUUCCUUCAUUCACAUGUUUGAUGAUUGGUAAAGAAAAAAAAGCUCACCAUGCAUUGUAUAUAAUCCUAAAUCAAGAAUAUUUUAUUUCCUUUACUUUAAACCAAUAUUGGCAAAGUUAAGUAUUAAUGAUGAAGUAACUGACUAGAAAGUAUAGAAAUCUGUGUUUUCCUGAGAAAAAAUAGCUACUAUUGUAUCAUUUGAACAAUCUGGUUUGGCUUUACUUACUAGGAAGCCUGGAGUUCAUUAUUUUUUGCCUUUUAUGUGCCACUGUGGUUAUUUCGAAUCACUCUGAGAGGUAAAGGGAUAUAGGAUUGAAAUAAUUUGGGUAUUUGGGGUGGGUAUGUGUGUCAAGUAAACAUACAGAUAUCCACAUACACAAAGACUGAGACAAAUUGUUCUUGCUUGCUUCAUUAUCAUACUACUAUGGUUAUUAUAAAGCAUCUAUUGAGGUGAAUCUAUUUUCUUAUGUCCUUGAAUUUAUAGCAUAAACUUGCAUAUAUGUCAUUGUAUGUCUUAUCUUUUAAAGUAUUCACUACUAUACUGUGAAAUUUUUAAAUGCCUUUAGAUUUGUUUUUUGGUCACUUUUCUCCAUUUAAUUUCUAAUUAUAGUUUAUGUCCUUAAAAAAAUGCUACAGCAGUAUAAAAAUCCCAAAUAAGUAGGACCAAAGGAAGUUACUAUUGAAAAUAAUUUUUAAGUGUCUCAGUGCUGCCAGUCCUGUAAGUUGAUGUCAAUGAGACAAUUAUAAUAUCACAGUUGAGGUGAGGCAGUGUUAAAACAAGCAUUCAAGUAUUUUUGCAAAAUUGACAAAUUCUGAAAAUGAAACCACAGGCUAGACUUGCCUUUCAGGUAGGAAAGCUGCUUUCUUAACUAUCAAGAAUCACAAAAUAAUGAAUCAUAUUAUGAGUGGUAUAGGUAGGGUGGGGUCAACCCAUAGUGAUCUAAUGAGAACAAAUUUUAAGAGCAGAUUUUAGUUUCACCGAUGUUUUAUCACCACUGAUUUGUCCACAACAAAUUCAGUUGGAGUUUAGUAAUAAUUGAGCUUUAACUAAUUAUAAUGUUUACAUAAUUAAAUAUUAAAUGGCAACACUACAGAAUAUUUGUGUUCUCUGGACCUAUUGCAACCACUUAAAAUUAUCUUAAGUAUGUAUACAUAGAAACAACCAGUAUGAGAAUAAACUAUUGUUAGUGGUUUGUCACUUACUGUACGGUACCCUCAUGGUAAUAGUUUAAAUAAAUUAAUUUCUUAAAAAUAUAGUUUUAAUUCAUAACAAAUUAGCACUUUUUUUGCAAACUUUAAUAUUUCAGGCAGCAUAAUCUACUGUCUGAAAUUAAAUUUCUGUUCAAAGAUAAUGAUCCCUCAUUAAAUGCCAAGGAAAUUCUUAAGGUUGGAAUUAAUAUAAUUAGUCUUGACUCACUUCAUUAAAACAAGAUCCACUUCCUCUGUCAUUUGAGUGCUCAUCAUAUGCCAGGGACUGACGUGUUGCAAUUUCAUGGCCUAGAAUUAAUAUUAUUUUUUAACUAGCUAUCAUAGAGUGUAUACGGUGCUAUAGGGCAUAUACAGGAAGAACCAAUUAAAUCUGCAGGAAGGGUAAAAAUCUAUAUUCAGGAUGAUAUGGAGCAUAAAGCUGAGAAACAGUAUGAGGUGAUCUUAUCACACUGAUAGGUUUAAUUACCUUUAGGAGUAGGGAACUGGGAGAACGCUUUUAUUUAUUAAAUGUUCAACAAUAGUAGAAUUGUUGAAUUUCUUAGGAGAAAAGGAGAGUUUCUGUUUUGUUGUGCUGUUUGGUUAGUUGCUUAAUAAGGUAGCAUAAGCAGCACACCUUCCUGACUCUGGCUGUGGAAAAAAUCCCCGAGCCAUUAAUGAGUCUGCUAACUUGAGGCAGUUCACAAAUUUCUCUGGGCUUCAUCCAUUAAGGUUUCAUCUUUAUGAUCCUUAUAUUUUUAUAUUUCUAUUCUAACUCAUAAAAAGAUAACCGAGUACUGUCUGAUGAAGCUUUUUAUUGUUCAUUUUGUUCUUUGCAUAGAUGAAGGCCAAGUAGGACUAGCUUGGAGCUAAGAUGAAUCAAAGCAAAUGCCAAGUACUAGGCAGGUAUGAGGCAUCAAAUGAAGAACGAGGCAUGGACCUUGUCCUCAAAGUUUUUGGCUUACUACACAUAGUUGUAUCAAGACUUUCUGUGACUGACAUCUGAGUAGAGCUGAUGGAAGGCACAGAAAGAGAAGAGGUUAGUUUUAACCAAUAAGGCCAAAAUUACAGGGACCAUGUAUGAGACUUGUGAAAGAUGGGUGGAUGUUUUCCAGGGGACAGAUUUGGGGCAGGACAUUCCACACAUUGGAAACAGCAUGACUAAGUAGGUGAAAACAGCCUACAACAUGACUGUGGUCAUGACGGCUGACAGUGUAAGACUGCACAGGGCAUUCAGGCAAGUGGUUUAGGGGCUAGAGCAGAACAAGGGUGGUGAGUGAAGAUGUCAGAAAGGGGAAGUGGUGGUCAGGUGAUACAGGACUGUGUAGAUCAAGAACUCUGGGAUUUAUGAACAUGGGGCAAGACUGGACAAUGAAACCUAUUAAGAGAUGAGCUAAUGGCCUCAAUCUCUCAAAUCUCUAUAAUUGUAAGGGUGGACAACAAACAUAUCAAGGAAGAGUUAGUAGACUUUAGCAAAAUCCUUUUAUUAGACUCAUGAAUAACUCUUGGUUAGGGAAGAGUCAUGUGCCUUUUUUUCCUGCCAGAAAAUUGGUUCUUGCAACAAAAAUUAGGUUGAUGACUAUGUGUAUAUUGGAUACUCCUCAUCUUUGCUCAGCCAUGUUUGUUUCUUUUAAGGACAAGCACGUAAGCAUGGAUUUGUUUAAAAUUUAAAAAUUUACAAUUAUAGAAAUACUUAUUUUCCUCCUUUAUAUUUCAUAUUGUUAAUGUCAACUAUAAAAAAAGUUUUCCCCAAGUAAUAUCAACUUAUGAUAAUGGCAAAGGUCAUUUGUUGUAUCUGAGAAACAUGUAAGAAACAGUUGCUAAUCUUUGUUUUAUAUGAUCUGUUUACAGAGUUUAACCAACCUAGAGCUAUUAGCUAAACUAAUUUUAUAUUUGGUAUACAUGCAUGUCAAAUAAAAUCAA